AUGUCUUCAGCAGAAGAAUCACCCGCUCAGCAGGCAGCGCGCCUGCGACGUGAACGUCGCGAGGCAAAGAUCAAGGCUGGCGGAAGCGCUCGACUUGAUAAAAUUACGAGUCUCAGCGGACGAACACCAGCCAGCGCUCGCGACGACAUCUCCCCUUCCCCAACGCCGCAGCCACUAUCUCGCACAGCGUCACCAGCAUCGUCGCAGCCAAACCCUUCUCCUCAAGCCUUCCAACCCUCUGUUACGCCAAUUCCAGCCACCGGCGAUGCUCCCAGCGAUGACAUACAAGCGCAGCAAGAAUAUCUAAGGGCUCUCCUCCGCGCAAACCCACCUGAGCAACAAACCCAACAACAGAUUGACCAAGACCCUAUGAUGAAGCUAUUAACUUCAAUGAUGGGUGGUGUACCAGGGGCGGAAAACACGGCUCCAGGUUCCGCGGGAAUGGCACCUCCACCUCAAGGCACCAUAAAUCCAGAUGACUUGACAUCCGCUCUUGGUCUUCCACCAUUCCUUUCUAAAUUCUUACUGGGAGGAGGCUCCUCACCUCUGACUCCGGCGGAGCAGCAACGUGAGUGGCUAUGGAAACUUCUUCAUACUCUCUUUGCUUUGAUUUUAGGAUUCUAUCUGCUCAUUCUCGUUGGAUCCUCGGUCGCGACGUACGGGAGCAACCCACCACCGCCAGCUGCCGCUCAGAACCCGUUUGUGGUUUUCAUGACAGUUGAACUGGUGUUAAAUGGGGCAGGAAUGCUAUUCGGAACAUCCCGUCAGGGAAGCCUAGCUACGGGAAUGCAGCUUAUUCGCAGCCUCAUUCAGGACGGCAGCAUUGCCGUUUUUAUUCUCGGUGUGGGAUCUUGGUGGAAUGGCGGGUGGCAGACUCUGACAAGCCAGUAG